AUGGAAAAACAGACACCAGAAAGCUACGUCGGAUCCAAAUCCGACUGGAUGUCUUCCUAUCCUGAAAGCACAUCAAAGCAUCCCGCUGCCCUGGCGAACGAGGACGAGGAUCAAUCCGUAUACUUGAGAAGGCAGCUUGCUCAAAGACAUACCCGCAGACAAAAUCAGGCUAGCGAGUCGCCUUCUCUUUUUAAGCGUGAAUUCUUCGGAAAUGAGGUUGGGCAAGGUGUGGUAACCCUUCGACCGCACUACCCUCCGGGGGCAUUUGACGAGGCUACUGUCCCGCCCCUAGUCAUCUUGCCUGCCGAAACACUGGCGCCACCCUUUGGCUCUGUGAUCAAUAUUCUCAAGAAGAAGCGGUACCACGUUACUUUCAAGCCUUUCAAGAUUGCAAAAGCUCCGAAACGAGUUGGAAGUGGAGAAUCGGACAAGUUUGGUCAAACACCGGCGGUUUCUCAGCUCUCCAGGCGAUCUAAAAUCCCCCAAUCCUCUGAUGACCACACAGAGGAAAGAUUGAUAAGCUCACAGUAUCAGAAUCGUGAAACGUUUAGCAGUACGAUGGCGAUAGUUGGCCCCCACCCCAAUCUAGGCGCCAAAAGAAAUCCUCAGAGCUUUUCAACCGGCGGUAUUUUUGUUCGGCUGCAAAGAUUUUUCAAAUUCAAGGAAACGGAGGCCAAAAGACCAACAAGUCCCUCCACUCAGGCUUCCAUUUUGACAUCUGAUUCAGAGAGAUUGGAUUUCUCGAAACCUCCCUUACCCUUACCAGAGAUAUAUCUUUCCCAACCGGAUCCUACCCACCAAAACGCCAAAGCAGCUAGCAAUUAUCAGAACCUGACGGCCGACCCGAACCAGAAAAGUCACAGUCUCACUGGAAAACUUCAUGUAUUAUAG